UGUACACGAUACAGAUAGCUAAAGCUAACUAAACUGACUUCAAAAUUAUAUAACCGCGGGAUUGACGGACACUAAUACUAUUAGGCGAUACAGUCUUUGAAUAUAUGUCGUACAUAUGCGAAAAUACGAAACGUUAACUUUUUUUCAUCUAUGUAUUGUAUAGACAAACGUGUGUCAGUGGGAUAGCUAACGAGCCAGUGCCCACAUAAACAGGUGCUGGUUAGUUUUGAGGCUAAUCUUACAGUAACUAACAGGCAACAGAGUACAUCAUGGGAAGAAAGAAACAGGGCAAAUUUGUGCGCCCUGACAACAAGGGUAAAGACAAACGGCAUAAAAUGAAAGGGAAAUCUUUAGAGGCCUUUACAGAAGAAAUGCACAGUGCUUUGGAAGCAAGCCUCCACAUAGAGGAGGGAGCAGAGGCCCCACAGGUUAAAUUGCCUUGUCCUCUUGCCAUGUGGGAGCUGGGUCACUGUGAUCCAAAACGUUGCACUGGCAGAAAAUUGGUGCGGAAGGGCUUUGUACGCAACCUGCGUCUCAAUCAAAGGUUUAAUGGACUCAUACUUAGUCCAAUGGGUACAAAGUAUGUGACGCCAGCAGACAGAGAGAUUGUGGCUCAAAAUGGUCUAGCAGUGAUCGAUUGUUCCUGGGCCAAACUGGAGGAGACGCCCUUCAACAAAAUGGUCGGAACUCAUCCCAGGUUACUGCCGUUCCUCAUAGCUGCGAACCCAGUCAACUACGGAAAGCCUUGCAAGUUAUCUUGUGUUGAGGCAUUUGCUGCCACGUUUUGCAUCGUUGGUUUUGAGGAACUUGCAGUGCUGUUGCUGAGGAAAUUCAAGUGGGGAACAGUGUUCCUUGAGCUCAAUAGAGUUCUUCUCGACCGCUAUGCCGCAUGUCAGUCAGAGGAAGAGCUGCUCUCGGUAGAAAAGGAGUUUCUCACGUCCAAACUAGAUGAAGAGGAGUUUGAUCCAUUUGAUGUAAACUCUGGAGUAGAAUGCAGGAAUCUUAACAGACGUCUGUGUGAACCUGAAGAGGAUGAUUCUAGCGAAGACACUGACACCUCUGAGGAUGACGAGGAUGCAGCAGAAGAUGAGAAAACGGAAAGCAAAGAGGAGUCAAGUACAGUCUCACAUCAUCGUGAUGAAGAAGAAGACUGAAUCAAAGACUUCACAAUAAAGCAUAUUUACAGUGAAUCCCUUUAAUACGAUGACUGGUGAAAACUGUUUUAAUACUGCUUACUCCUUUAUGUAAAGAGUGUUCUAAUUUUGUAUCAAACGUAUAUAAGAAAUGAUACAAUAAACGGUGUUAUUGUAAAUAAA